AUGGAACACAGCAGCACGCUCAACAUUUCCUUGGCUUCCGCAGGCUUCCAGAACCGCAAUGCCGAUGUUCUUUCUUCACAGACGCAUGCCCAUACUCCAUGCCUUAUUGCUCACGUACAAGUAGAACGGAGCAUAGAGCUCCGGAAGGCCAAGAAGGACGAACAUACCUUAAAGAGAAGGAACAUCACAGAUGCCUUCUCCAAGCCGUCUUCUAAGGACGUGGUAGAAGGGACCAGGCCCAACCUGGAUGAAAUAGUCCAUGGGAUGAAUAGCCCAGACCCAGUCCUAUGUUUCUGGGCCACCCAGACGGCCAGGAAACUGCUGUCCCAGGAGAGAAACCCACCCCUGAAGGUGAUCGUGGAAGCGAGACUGGUCCCCAGGCUGGUGGACUUUUUCAAGUGUUUCAUUUACCCUCACCUACAGUUCGAAGCAGCCUGGGCGCUGACCAACAUCGCCUCAGGGCCCUCGGACCUAACCCAGGCUGUCGUGGACGCGGGUGCCAUCCAGGCCCUGAUAGAGCUCCUGUCUUCCCCCAAUGUGUGUGUGUGCGAACAGGCAGUGUGGGCCCUGGGUAAUAUAGCAGGUGACAACACAGAGUUCAGAGACAUCGUUAUCUCAAGCAACAUUAUCCCACAUCUACUAGCCCUGGCUUCAACAACCAUACCAAUCACAUUUCUGCGGAACAUUGCGUGGACCCUUUCCAACCUGUGCCGGAACAAGGACCCUUGUGAAGAGGCAGUGAAGGAAAUGCUGCCUGCCCUCUUAAACCUCCUGCAACACGAUGACAUCGAGGUUCUCUCGGAUGCCUGCUGGGCCCUGUCCUACCUCCCUGAUGGCUGCCAGGAGCGCAUUGACGAAGUGGUUGCCACGGGAGUUCUACCCAGGAUGGUGGAGCUCAUGAAAAGCUCAAAACUCCGUAUCAUGACCCCCUCUCUCCGCACGGUGGGAAACAUCGUCACGGGAACAGAUCAGCAGACCCAGAAGGCCAUCGACGCGGGCAUGCUGGAUGUGCUAGUUCAGCUCCUGAGGCACCCCAAGUCCUCCAUCCAGAAGGAGGCAGCCUGGACGCUGAGCAAAGUGGCUGCAGGGAACUGCCAGCCCAUCGAGCAGUUGAUCAAUCAUGGCAUGCUGCCCAUCUUGGUGUCGUUGUUGAGAAAUGGAGAGUUUAAAGUCCAAAAAGAGGCUGUGUGGGUGGUGGCUAACUUCACGAUGGGGAGCACCACAGGUCAGUUGGCCAUGCUCAUCCAAUCGGGAGUCCUGAAGCCCCUGACGAGUCUGCUCAUUUGCCAUGACCACAAGACCGUUAUCAUCGUCCUUCAGACCACCUUCUAUAUUCUCCAGUCUGCAGUGAAUUCUCACGAUAUGGAGAAGCUCCGUCUCACGCUAGAACAACUGGGUACCAUUGAGAAAAUCGAGGCGUUACAACUUCAUGAGAACCAUCAGAUUGGGCAGACUGCGUUCAACAUCAUCGAGAACCUUCUCACGAAGGAAGAAGAUGACCUUGAAGACAGCAUGCACUUCAAGCCUGAAACCCUAACCCCUCCAAACCCCACAAUUUCCAAGCCAGCACGCAAACUCUAAAUGAGCACUCCUUGCUUCAGAAGCCGUACUCCUCCCACUUAGCACGCCCCAGGUAGAAAGCUGUUUUAAGCAUUAAAUAAAAGUUUUUUUGACCCUUCAGUGAAAGGGUCAUUCUGUGUCUCAUGAGAAGGUCUUUUCAUGUCAUAGCAAAGUUAAAAAGAAAGUGGAGAUUGUCACCUGGAAAUCCGCUUCUCAAAAAAUCCUACCAGGGACCAGAUUAUAAGCAGAGCAGCGAUGACUGUCUAUGUGAGAGUUAC